AUGGAUGCCGUUGCGACGCCGUUGUGGUCUUCUCCUCCAUGCGGCUCUCCGAUGUCGGUGACUGUGGGCAGCGUGAAUCCCUUGUUCCAGCUGGGGAGGGCCUACUACCGGACCGCCGCCAAGGCGUACAACAUGACACGGUAUGUUGUUGAAAUUCUGAAGCUGGACGAAACUGUCCUUGCGACUGCCAUGGCGUACUGGCACACAUUUGUGAGUCGUCGUGAGUUACGACGGUUUGAUGAGAUCGUACUGAGUGCCUCCUGCGUGUUUCUGGCAAGUAAGGUGGAGCAUUAUAAGGUGCGCCUGAAUCGGGUAAUUUCGCUCGUCUUUGAAGUCAGUGGGGAGGGCGAUGAGAUGGAGGGGUGGCGGAGGAUGUUACUGGAGAUGGAGUUACUUCUGUGCCAUACGCUAAGCUUUAACUUUCAAGUGAUUCACCCGAUGAAGCGCAUCAUGGAGUUGGUGCCGGAAAAAAACAAAGGCGUGCUGGAGUGCGCCCACCGCCUUUUUCUGCUUUCGUUUAUAACCCCACUGUGCGUCAAGGUGCCGGCCGAUGAGGUGGCGGAGGCACUUGUGUACCUCGCCGCAGAUGGCUCCGGCCAAUUGGAGGCGUACGCCGGCAAGUUCAGAUUUGAUUCCGUGGAGCGACGCGAAGGCAUCAUCAACGUCAUGAUUGAUGCCCUGGCUGUGAUGCGAAAAAAUACAGGCCUACUGAAGGUGGACGACAUGAUCGUGGCGCGACGGAAGCGGAUGCGCGAGCAGGAAUCUUCCCGUCCUUCAGUUGCGAACUCCAGCGGCGGGGCUGGCAGCUUGGACGUCACUCCCUCCGCCUUUUUGUUCGAGUGA